UCUCGACGCAAAGGCCCCCAAAGGCCCAAACGCGCGCCGCAGAACGCAGCGCAGGACGCGACAUGCUCCGGCGAGCAGCCUCCUCGCUGAGCCGCCGCGGCGCCACGGCGGCGCUGCUCCUCCGCCGUCCUCCCCGGCGGGCCAGCGCCGCCGCGGCGACGACGCUGCUGCUCGGGCGCGACCCUACGGUCCACCCCUGCCCCCGCCCGGCGGCUGCGGCUGCGGCGGCGCAGCCGGUCCGGCGCCUCAGCGACUUCGGGCUGCCGGUGGUUCGUCGCAUGGCGCGGCGGAGCCCUCCCACCAGGCCCGAGGGUUACUCCACCUCCGACGACGGCGAGGCGGGCGGGCCAGGCUCGUACUUCAGCUCCGACGAGGACGACGACGAGGACGUGGAGGAGGUUAACUUGGAGCCCAUGUCUGUCGAGGACGUCGCUGCGGGGAAGGAGUGGAUGGGGUUCACGUUGGAGUACGACCACGGCUCCGACGAGGACGAGGAUGCCGUGGAGGAGGAAAAGAAGUAGCAGCGGCGCUGGAGGUGAGGAUUCUCCUCGUUUUGCGCGGCGCACGCUAGGUGCUUGAGCAAAUGCCUGUAAGAUUUCGCGAUUGCUUUAAUCAAUUUUUUUAUCUUCUGAUCACUGUUCCUGGAUGCUCAUAUGAGUCGAACCUAACUACCAUCAUCAAACAUAACAACUGCUACUACAUUAUCGUGGUAUGCAUUGUUGAUUGUUGCUUUAUUGAUUGUGUCAUUUCAACAGCUCAUGGAUGGAUUGUUCAAAUGGGCAAAUGUUGCUUGUCUUGUUUGGUAUGCCAUACUGAGUUUGGUCAUACUUACGAUAAGUUUAGAAUGCCUCGUUUCCAUGUGAUGAGCUGAACUAUUGAAGUGUUAAAAGUAGGGCAUGUUUGGUUUGCAGACAGAGCCACAUAUUCAUUUUUUUUAUUUGGUUUUGAGUGCAGCAAAGUCGUUCUCUUUCUUGUAGAACAUGCAGGUUUAGAGAGACACAUACUAGCCCUUUUGUGAAUGCCAAAAAAAACUUUGUUUCUAAAGACAACU